UUCUUUCUUUGUAGUUAAAAAAGUAAAACAUGGUACUGUAUGCAUUGUUUGAACAUGCAGCUGGUUAUGCAGUAUUCAAAGUGAAUUCCACAGAGGAUAUUGGAGCUUUACUGCCUGAAGUUCAAGAAGCUGUGACAGAUCUGGAAAGAUUUGGUAGAAUUGUUAAACUUGUUGCAUUUAGUCCCUUCAAAACUGCAGCUAAUGCUUUAGAAAAUAUUAAUAGUAUAUCUGAGGGUGUUGUCCAUGAUGACCUAAAAGUUUUCUUGGAAAGUAAUGUACCUACUGGAAAAAAGAAAAGCAAAGUAGCGUUGGGAAUUUCUGAUCCAAAGAUUGGAGCAGGAAUCCAAGAAAGUUGUAACAUACAAUGUGAAUCGGGAUCAACUGUUCUUGAAGUUCUUCGAGGCAUUAGGUUUCAUUUUCAUAAACUGAUCCAAGGCCUUACUGCUGAAACGUCUGGGAAAGCACAAUUGGGUUUAGGGCACAGUUAUUCAAGAGCAAAAGUUAAGUUCAAUGUCCACCGAGUAGAUAAUAUGAUCAUUCAAACAAUCGCAUUAGUUGAUCAGCUUGAUAAAGAUAUAAACACUUUUUCCAUGAGAAUCAGAGAGUGGUAUUCAUAUCAUUUCCCAGAGUUGAUUAAAAUUGUAAACGACAACUAUCUUUAUGCGAAAGUUGCUCAGUACAUAAAAUCUCGAAAGGAUUUCACUGAAGAAAAACUAGAAGGAUUGGAAGAGAUUGUGAUGGACGAAGGAAAAGCUAAAGCAAUCCUUGACGCUUCCAAAGCUUCCAUGGGGAUGGACAUUUCGCCGAUAGACUUGAUCAAUAUUGAAAGUUUUGCUCAACGAGUCAUUGGUUUGGUGGAUUACAGAAGAAAGUUACAUGAAUACUUGCAAUCCAAGAUGAAUCAAGUUGCUCCAAACUUGCAAGCUCUUAUUGGAGACCUGGUAGGUGCACGUCUUAUCGCACACGCAGGUAGUUUGACAAAUCUUGCAAAGUAUCCAGCUUCUACAGUGCAAAUCCUCGGUGCAGAAAAAGCGCUCUUUAGAGCACUUAAAACAAAAGGAAAGACACCUAAGUAUGGUUUGAUAUUUCACUCGACAUUUAUUGGAAGAGCUGGUGCUAAAAACAAAGGUCGGAUAUCCCGUUAUCUGGCUAAUAAGUGCUCAAUUGCUUCAAGAAUUGAUUGUUUCUCAGAAAAUCCAACAAAUUUGUUCGGUAAGAAGCUGCACGAGCAAGUGGAUGACCGCUUAAAAUUUUACGAAACUGGUGAAGCUCCAAUCAAAAAUGCUGAUGCUAUGCAAGAGGUGAUCCAAGAGAUUGCUGCAUUAAACGAAGUUUCGAAGUCUGCUGAUAAAAAGAAAAAGAAGAAAAAGAAAAAGAAGAACGAUGAGAGUGAGGAGGAAGAGGUUGUCGAAAAAGAAAAUUUAUCGGCGAAGAAGAAAAAGAAGCGAAAGGUUGAAGAAGUAGACGAAGAAGAAGAACAGGAAGAACCUAAAAAGAAGAAGAAAAAGAACAAAGAUAAAAGCCUUUCAGAGACCGCUGACUUCAAUACAACGGUGGACGAACUUGUUACGAAGAAGAAAAAGAAGAAAAAAGCUAAGGAUGCAGAGGAAUGAUAUUUUUGUGGCAAUGUUUUUAACAUUUUAUUACUGGAAGUAAAAAUGUAAUUGAAGAAUAUUAGAAACUUCCACUUGCGUUUGUGCUGUGAAUAGUUUCAUAUUAACAAGUCUUUAUUGCUACGUAUUAUAGCGACAAAACUACUGAUUCGCAUGUUUUUUUUUAAGAACAAACUAUAUAAGAACAUAUGCCUAUGAAGGUUCAAAAUUCGAGAACAUGUUACGAAGAUUUAGGUUUUGUCACUAUUAACAAGGAAAUGCUCCUUUAUACUUCAAAAAUGAUAAAAUCAAAUUAAGAGCUAAGAACAUUCAAGGGCUUUCUUCAUUUUAAGUGUCCUGAAAAAAAAAGCGUGUAGUCUCUAAAGGCCAGUCAUCUUGCAAAGGACAGGUACAAAAACUGCAAUUCGCAAAAUUUUUCGCCCUCAGGGUACGUUCUUCCAACGAAAUGCUGGUAAGUGUCUAUUUUUAGAAAACGUUUUUGACUGUGAUGUAAUUUUUUUUGUAUACACUUAUAUUGAAAGAUACAAAAGGGAAAAUAA